UGUACCUUGAUCUUGUCGUGGAGAUGCAUAUGAUGCAAUGUCAGCAGAAAGAGUAUGGUUGUGUCGAUGGAAAGCAUGUCAACAUCUGCACUUUUCAUGGCCAUGUGAAAAAGAACUUUGGGGUACCAGAGGAGCAGGAGGUAUCCAUGGACCACAAGGAUUUUUCAUUUGGUUUCACAUCUGGACAUGUGGGAAUCAUGGAGACAAUGAAGGAGGUGCCGAUGUUGGGGGAGAACAAGAUGCCCAUCCAUCAACCGGUGGUUGCACCAUGUGCCAGAAGGUUUUGGACAACGGAUGAACACAGGCUCUUUCUCCAAGGGUUGAAUGCUUGUGGCCGUGGAAAAUGGAGGAACAUAUCCAUGAACUUCGUCACCACCAAGACUCCGGCCCAGAUUGCAAGCCACGCACAGAAGUACUUCAAGAGGAUAGAGGGCAAAGGAUCAGGGACGCAGCGCUAUAGCAUCCAUGAUGUAGAGCUCGGCAAUAAUGACCCAUGGAAGACAGAGGACAGCUCUAGGCCUACCAAGCGCUCUUGUAUGUCGAUGCCGACAAGUUCUUUUCUACAGGUUCCAUCAACGUCGUUCGUCACUAUGGACAAUAUGGCUCAAUUCAAGUUUCCUUCCUUAAAGAAGACGACACAACUGGUGCAAAGUGAGAAGCAUAUGAUGGACUCUGUGGCAGAUCCAUGGAGGAGCUAGGGAACUUUGUUCCUACUAGCGAACAAAGAUGGACUUAACUUGUGAACCAAUAUAUGAAAAUGAUGUGUUAGAUGGUAUGGUUCAGGGCCCGCGAAAGAUGGUAACUUUUCAAACAAAAUGUGGCUCAAGUAGUGUGAAGAAUCAGUACAAAUAUCAUUUAUUAGAUAAUAAGGUUGUAUGAACAUUACAAGUGAGAUUUCUUUGUGACCAAUACCAUUAUGCAUGUUUUACU